CAUCAUCAUCAUCAUCAUCAUCAUCAUCAUCAUCAUCAUCAUCAUCAUCAUCAUCAUCAUCAUCAUCAUCAUCAUCAUCAUCAUCAUCAUCAUCAUCAUCAUCAUCAUCAUCAUCAUCAUCAUCAUCAUCAUCAUCAUCAUCAUCAUCAUCAUCAUCAUCAUCAUCAUCAUCAUCAUCAUCAUCAUCAUCAUCAUCAUCAUCAUCAUCAUCAUCAUCAUCAUCAUCAUCAUCAUCAUCAUCAUCAUCAUCAUCAUCAUCAUCAUCAUCAUCAUCAUCAUCAUCAUCAUCAUCAUCAUCAUCAUCAUCAUCAUCAUCAUCAUCAUCAUCAUCAUCAUCAUCAUCAUCAUCAUCAUCAUCAUCAUCAUCAUCAUCAUCAUCAUCAUCAUCAUCAUCAUCAUCAUCAUCAUCAUCAUCAUCAUCAUCAUCAUCAUCAUCAUCAUCAUCAUCAUCAUCAUCAUCAUCAUCAUCAUCAUCAUCAUCAUCAUCAUCAUCAUCAUCAUCAUCAUCAUCAUCAUCAUCAUCAUCAUCAUCAUCAUCAUCAUCAUCAUCAUCAUCAUCAUCAUCAUCAUCAUCAUCAUCAUCAUCAUCAUCAUCAUCAUCAUCAUCAUCAUCAUCAUCAUCAUCAUCAUCAUCAUCAUCAUCAUCAUCAUCAUCAUCAUCAUCAUCAUCAUCAUCAUCAUCAUCAUCAUCAUCAUCAUCAUCAUCAUCAUCAUCAUCAUCAUCAUCAUCAUCAUCAUCAUCAUCAUCAUCAUCAUCAUCAUCAUCAUCAUCAUCAUCAUCAUCAUCAUCAUCAUCAUCAUCAUCAUCAUCAUCAUCAUCAUCAUCAUCAUCAUCAUCAUCAUCAUCAUCAUCAUCAUCAUCAUCAUCAUCAUCAUCAUCAUCAUCAUCAUCAUCAUCAUCAUCAUCAUCAUCAUCAUCAUCAUCAUCAUCAUCAUCAUCAUCAUCAUCAUCAUCAUCAUCAUCAUCAUCAUCAUCAUCAUCAUCAUCAUCAUCAUCAUCAUCAUCAUCAUCAUCAUCAUCAUCAUCAUCAUCAUCAUCAUCAUCAUCAUCAUCAUCAUCAUCAUCAUCAUCAUCAUCAUCAUCAUCAUCAUCAUCAUCAUCAUCAUCAUCAUCAUCAUCAUCAUCAUCAUCAUCAUCAUCAUCAUCAUCAUCAUCAUCAUCAUCAUCAUCAUCAUCAUCAUCAUCAUCAUCAUCAUCAUCAUCAUCAUCAUCAUCAUCAUCAUCAUCAUCAUCAUCAUCAUCAUCAUCAUCAUCAUCAUCAUCAUCAUCAUCAUCAUCAUCAUCAUCAUCAUCAUCAUCAUCAUCAUCAUCAUCAUCAUCAUCAUCAUCAUCAUCAUCAUCAUCAUCAUCAUCAUCAUCAUCAUCAUCAUCAUCAUCAUCAUCAUCAUCAUCAUCAUCAUCAUCAUCAUCAUCAUCAUCAUCAUCAUCAUCAUCAUCAUCAUCAUCAUCAUCAUCAUCAUCAUCAUCAUCAUCAUCAUCAUCAUCAUCAUCAUCAUCAUCAUCAUCAUCAUCAUCAUCAUCAUCAUCAUCAUCAUCAUCAUCAUCAUCAUCAUCAUCAUCAUCAUCAUCAUCAUCAUCAUCAUCAUCAUCAUCAUCAUCAUCAUCAUCAUCAUCAUCAUCAUCAUCAUCAUCAUCAUCAUCAUCAUCAUCAUCAUCAUCAUCAUCAUCAUCAUCAUCAUUUCGUUUAUCAAAUUAUCCAAAUCACAUACUUGUUCUUUUUGAAAAUAAUUAUCAUUAA